AUGGAGAAUAUUAUUCAAACUAAUCCAUAAACUGAAACUAAUACUGCUAUUCAAAAGAAUAAAACAGAGGAAAGAGCAGGUACUCUUGAAAUCAAUGGCUUGGAAAUACUAGAAUUCGAUUUUGAGAAGAUGAGUAAAAUUUCAGAUAGCGAGUUUGAAUCACAAACUAUCUCUGAUAUUUACAAUUAAAUGACAGAAGAGCUAAAAAAAUUUGAAUAUGAAGAAUUCAGAUUUUUAAGUUCUGAUACUUAAGGAUGUUAAAUAUCUGCAAAUAAAAAAGGCAUUGAAAACAGACAUAUCAUUAAAGGAAUAUUUUCUAAAAAGAAUAAAGAAGAUGCUAACGAACUAAAAAAUUAUAUUGAUAAUUAAAUCAAGAUACUUAAGCAAUGUAGUGGAUCUCCUUACUCUAUAGAACUUGUUAAUGAGAUAGAAGGUGAAGAAAUGGUUUAUUUGAUCUUCAAUGCUAAUAAAGGAACCAUUUAGAAACUUUUAGAGCAACAAGGUGGAAAAUUAUCAGAAUUUUCUGUAAUAAAGUAUUCAAAAGAUAUUGCUGAAGGUAUAUGUCAUGCCCACAAGAAUGGUCACUUUUUUUAUCAUUUAAAUUUAGAUCAGAUUUUUAUAGAUUUCAAUAACAAUGCAGUUGUAAGUGCAUUUACUGCAAGAGAUUUAAACCUUUCUCAGGAAAAUUCUCUAUUCAUUGCUCCUGAAAUAGAAUAAAACUCAUAGGAAUAAGAUGCCAGUGAUAAUACUAAAGCUUCUACAUCACUUAGUAAAUAAAGCGAUGCUUUUUCAUUUGGAUGUCUUAUGAUUAGUAUGUUACUUGGUGUAACUGAACUUAAGAGAUAUGAAAAAAAAAAAGAGCAAAUAUCUGAGUACUUUGCUAAUUUAAGCGAUUCUUCAAGUAAAAAGGAGUCUCUUUAUAAAAUUAUCUCAAGAUUAACUAAAUUUGAUUCAAACGAAAGAAUGACAAUCUUUGAUUCACUCUCAGAGCUUUAAAAAAUGAUAUCUGUUGAUGUCAUUGCUGAAUAGGAAGUUUAAGAUUCAGGAGAUGAACAUAUUAAAAAUAUUAUGAUUUACAUUGAAAAGGUUUAAAAAAAAAUUGGAAAAAUUGGAGAAAAAGUUUAAAAUCUUAAACCAGAUCAUUCAGAAUUACUUAUUAAAAUAUAAAAUUUUGAGAAUUAGAUUAAAUUGAAAGACUAGAAAAUUGAUGAUCUCACCAAAUAACUUUUAGAUGAACAAAAAACACAUGAAAAUGAAAAAAAAAAACUCAAAGAAGGUUCUCUUAUAAAAGAUGAGCAAAUCUAAAAACUCAACUAAGAACUUGAAGGAUUAAGAAUUGAAUUCAAGAAGAAGGAAAAUGAAAUUAUUUUAAAAAAUUAAAGUCUCAUGAAGGAGCUUGAGGAAAGUUUGAGAAAUUAACUCCGAUUAAAGGUUAAAUAGACCCAUACUUAUUAAGGACCAGGCUUUUAUUGCAAUGACUGUAAUUACUAUUUUGGAUAAAAAUGGGGAUACCACUACGGAAAUUAAGUUAGUUUCUACUGCUCAAGUUGUUAGUCACAAUCAAUACACACCCUUAAGAGAUGA